UUUUAUGCACACAUACAUUGACAGCACAAGCGUUGGCCUGGCACGUAGAAAAGAGUUGACUUUUUGCUUUACAUUGACGACAGAAAUUGCGUUUAAAAAAAGGAACCAAAGAUGACAGCAUUGCAGAUCGAUCAGCACCUAAAUGUGGAGAUUCUCAAGCGUGAUUUGGAGCCUUGGAAGGGGGCCAUAGUGAGUGCAUAUCGUGUGCUCACGUGGGAGAAAAAUUACUAUUGCGUGCUGGUAUUUGGCGGCAUAAGCGUCAUAUAUUUUAUGUUGUGGUACUUGGCUCUAUCGGUCAUAACAAUGAUAUCUCUGCUCGCAUGGCUGAUUAUCAUCAUUGACUAUUUGUUGCCCACGAUUUCACGCCUGCUUUUGAGUAGCGUCAUUUGGGACGAAGACCACGAGGCCAAAUAUGAGAGUGUUUGCGGGCAGAUCUACAGCAUCAAGACAAUUUGGAACGCAAUGGAUAAGUAUCUGUUUAUGGAGCGCAAGUCGGCAAUGCUCGUCAUCAUGAUGAGUUCGCUGCUGCUCGGCUUCGCUUGGAUGGGAGCAGUCGUUGACAAUCUGCUGUUGAUGUACUUGGCCACGCUUCUCACUGCCACAUGGGCUGGUAUGCAGGAUAAUUACGUCCUCAAGAGCAUCACGCAGGCAAUUUUAUUCGGCAAAAUGAAUUAGCAGUAGCGAGCUGAACUCGACACAACAACCAUAAAAUCAAAUCAUCCAACAAAACAAACAAACUUGCCAACAAUUAAACUCCAAAUUAAUUUCAGACUUGCUGCUGGACUGCUGUGCCCCCUGCUACAGUCGAAGGAUUCGAGAAUCUGCUCAAGUGCAACUGCAGAAAUUCUGCAUAAUUGUUCCCGAGUCUGUCAAGCAAAUCAUUUCUGGUGCAUCAACAAAAAACAAUAGUCAAACAAAAACCUCUGAAGAAGUUACUUAAUCAAUACUAAUUACUAAUUACAAACAUGCUCCGCUCCGAUCCAUUUAAUUAAAAUAACUUAAAAACCCAAUAAAACGCAUGUCCAUAACAUUCCACAAAUUAAGUUUGUGUAUAAAAAUUAUGACGAGCAUCUAAUUUACAGAAUGGCUCUUAUUUUGGAGUGCAUAUAAAUAAUUACAUAUAUCUAUUACGUAUCUCUGCCAUGUAUAGAAAAUAGUUAGAAUGCUCUUUGGAUUUCAAUCCCUUUAUUUAUGUUUAUCAGUGUUAAAUCACAUCUGUGAACUAGGUGCAUUAGAAAGCAUUAUUCUAUAGUUAAAUUCCAUCAGCAAGGAAUAUAAAUAAUUCCUUGAGUUUUUUAAAUUUUUUUUUGUAUUGAAUAGCCGUUGAAGUAUAAUUUGCUCAGGUACGGCUACCUGCUACACACAGGCAUACAACUAAUUAGUGCUAAUCCACCGCAGAAGAGGUUACGCGGUAGCAAAAUGCCUUUAUGUUUGGUCAAGUUAAUCCAGAGUCAGGUACCGCCUUCAACUGAUCCCCCGCAGAUGUGGCAUAACGGCAGUCAAGUACGUUUGGUCAGAGCAAGGGUCUGCUGUUAGGGUUCUAUUCGGGGUAAGACAUGUGUUCAAUCGAAAUUCCUAAGAUGGUAAAUGUUUGGGUAGGUCAAGCUACUGUAAAGCAAGCGACCGUUGUAUUUCUGGCCUCAAAAACGUUACACAAAUCCACCGCAGAU